GGGCCGACAGGGGAGGGGGAUAUGGUGGCCAUGGGUGAUGACGCACUCGGCUGUUGGCGGAAGGGUGACCAGAGGUCAAGGCCUGCAAAUCUGGGUUCCUUUCCUGAAGCGGGUUUGCAAACUUUCCUGUUGGGUAACUUUGAAUUCUUGGUAUGUUUAGCCUGAACCGUGCCUAACCACUGUAUCCCCUCAGCCUUGCGACCCCGGAGCCGCCACUGUUUCACGUUUCCCAGAGCGGCCAGGCACUCCCCAGGUAUCUCUGGCUGACUUGAAUUCCUGAUCCUCUUGGCCUCUACCUCCCCAGGGCUAGGAUUUCAGGAGCAGGCGUUGCAUUCAGCUGUGGCCUCUGAUCUCCUUCAGUUCUCAGUUUUUCCUGCACUCUCAUGACCUUGAUGCUUUUGGAGAUUCCCCAACAGUUUUGAAGAAGUUUCUGGCUUCUCUUGAGCCCCCACCCUGGAGCCAUGGUCCACGCCUUCCUCAUCCACACCUUGAGGGCCCCGAAUUCAGAGGAUGAUGCGGGCCUUUGCCGAGUGCUUUACUCCUGUGUCUUUGGUGCUGAGAAGUCACCCCAGGAUCCACGGCCUCAUGGUGCAGCAAGGGACAGGCUCUUCCGCAAGGAGCAGAUUUUGGCUGUGGCCAGACAGGUGGAGUCGCUGUGCAGGCUGCAGCAGCAAGCGUCCGGCUGUCCCUCCGCAGGCCUGCAGCCUCAGCUCUCGGACGAGCCCGUGUCCCUGCAUGAGGCCCCUCGUGGAGCCUUCCACCUGGUCGCUGGGGACCCUUUCCACGAACCACAGACAGUAGUAUGGUUGGGGGUGCUCUCCUUGGGCUUUGCCCUGGUGCUGGAUACCCAUGAGAACCUGCUGCUGGCUGAGAGCACACUCCGGCUCUUGGCCCGCCUCCUUCUUGACCAUCUCCGGCUGCUGACACCAGGUACCAACUUCUUGUUGCGGGCUGACCGCAUUGAGGGAAUCCUUACUCGCUUCCUGCCACACGGGCAGCUGCUUUUCCUCAAUGAUCAGUUUGUCCAGGAUCUGGAGAAGGAAUUCAGUGCUGCUUGGCCCCGCUGACCCCCUCAGCAGAAUGAGGCUUCUUGAAAGGACAAAGAGGGAAGCUAAAGAUUGCAUACUGCAAGGGGAAGUUUGGCACCUGCCUCCUGCCUAGCCUGCUCCCCACUCUGUGUGGCCACAGUCAGGACAAAUGGAUUGGCCAAGCCGGCAGGAAAGUCCUGAGUAGAAAGCAGAGGAAGGCUGUCUAUGCCUGUUCUCAGGACACUGGACUUGCAGAACAUCCUGAACCUGAACAGUGUGACCUCUUAGACUCUGCCGUGACCACCAUGCUAGUCCUUGACUCCCUUCCUUUCAGCCCUACCAGCUGCCUGUACUGGAGCCAUGUACUGGCUGCCAAGAUGUUCUCUGUCUAUAACCCCAGCACAAAAGGAGUCCCUGAGACUCCCUUCAAGGCUGGGGAGCUGGGCCAGUGUGCUAGCAAGCCCUAGCCCCUGCCUUUGCAAAUCAUCAAGGAUUUUGUCAGCAAGGACUGUUUUGCACCCAGCUCCACCACAGCUCAGAACACGGGGAUUCUGCAGCCCCUUAUAUGCUGAAGCCUGUAUCUGCCAGGCAAGCUGAGAGCACAACAGAUUUUCUUGUCUGCUGGCUGGCAGAUGUCAGGUAUCUGGCCCCGGUGAUGCCUUAUUUUGAAGUAAAAACAGUGGCUGUCUGA